AUGAGUGAAAAUAGGCUUGAGUCGUUUGAUACUAUGUUUCCUGAAGCUAUUAGGUAUUUCUCCCAGCUUGUGGGUACUUUUGAUCCUAGUGCGGUGUUUAGGAAGUGGGUUCAAGCAUGUCUCACAGCUUCAAGAUUUUCCAUUUCUUUUAAUGCUAGUUUGGUUGGAUUUUCUAAGGGUGCCAGGGUAUUAGACAAGGGGAUCCUCUUUCCCCUUGCUCUUUGUGUUUUCCAUGAACGUUUUUUUUCGAAAAUGCUUGAUGUGGAUGUUGUGAAUGAGAUUUUUAAAUUCCAACCUAAAUGCAAGAGGGUAGGGCUUACUCACUUGUGCUUUGCUGAUGAUCUACUGACCUUCUAUAAGGGGACCUUAGGUUCUAUUGUUGGUGUGCUCAGUGUCCUGGAUUGCUUCUACUCCUAUUUUGGUCUGAGGCUGAAUGCUACUAAAAGUGAAGUUUUCAUUUCAGGAGCUUCUGUGGAUCAAUUAGAGGGACAAGUUAAAGGUGUGGGGGUGCAAGCAUCUCAGUUAUGCUGGCAGAGCUCUACUUAA